UACCCCAGCAUAGGCGGAGCGGUUCUAUGACCAGUCUCUGUAAAAGAUUAGUGCAAUAUUAUAAGGUCUGUGCUCGCAGCCCUUUGUCGUAUUUGAGACAUCUUAGUCAUUAGCCGAUUACAGUGAUUAUGUGAGGUUAAUUGGCCGACCGAGUUAAGUCUACCGAUGGUCAGUGCUUAACCGUUAAUCAAUGAGAAGCUAAUAUUUCAAAGCGGUAGCUUAGCUGGUAAAACCUGAGCAAUCCGCCAAUCCACGACGCUUGGACCUGUUGCUUUGUUAAGUAAUCCACAAAGCUUUUUAAGAUGACAUUGGGUGAUGGAUGGCCGCCAUUUUACUCCGAACGACCUUCAGCAGCAGUUGUGAAUCCAAGCCAGUUGUAUCUCGGUUAUGCCGCUAUUGCUGUGCUUAUUGGGCUUUUUCUUAUUCUACCCGGUGUACGAGGCAAAGAGAGAUUGUUCUUUUUACUACGAUGGUGCACAAGCCUUUUCAUUGGCGCCACAAUUAUUGCUUGCGCACAAGGUGUGUCAUGGCACGUCGAUUCCGUGGAAACUGUUAUGCCUUUCAAAGCAAACUCCGAGGAAAUGGUUCGUUUCAAAGUUGGAUUAAUGAUCGGUCUGAGCGAGUUUAAUGUAACUCUAAGAGGAGAUGGCGUUCAAGGUGGCGAAGACAUUUCCUUUAGCGAAAGAUAUUACUUCUUGUCCGCAGACGAGGCCCUGACAGAUUCUCUGAAGCGAGGGUUACCUUUCCCGAUCCUUAACGUAGUUGAACACUUCAGUGUGAACAGAAUAAGCACAAUUUGGAUGUGGGGUCGACGGUAUUGGAUUGCGGGUCAUUACAGCUUCUACAUGCUAUGGUCAGCCUUCGGGAUGUGGUUUGUAACGAAUGUACUGUUCCAUAGCGUUCUCUUGUACGGCGGCAUGGUGCUGACGUUCACUGGGCUACUAAUGCUUAGCGCUAAUCUUUCGUAUUUUACCAUUAGUAGCCACGGGCGGGAACUCCAAAUACACCUCGGAUACGACGCCCCUAAUGCCGUUCUUACGCCCUCUUACGGAUGGUGCUAUUGGCUUUGUUUUGCCACAGGUCUUUUAUGCGUUAUAUGUGGAAUAUCUGUGAUGAUAGUACAUAAGUGGAAACCCAAAGCACUUCGUCUGUUUUUCAAUUACGAAAGAGAUGAUUCGAUGCUACAAGAUGUCGAUUCUGACGUUCACGAAAGUCCGCUCACGAAAUAUCAUGAACCAAAGAUGUCGGGCAAAGAAAACCCUGCUUUUAAUAUGGGAGGAUUUUCUGGGACCAACAACAGUCAUAAGCUCCAAUCUAACGGACACAACGACCGUAAAGCAAGCAAAGUUUCGUUCCAAUUUAGCGAGCCACCCGGGAUAGCUGAAGAAGACGAGAAUGACAAUUUAACUUCCAAUUCACAAGCUGUAAACUCUCUUCCAACUGUAAAAGUAAUCGAUCCAAAAAUUAACGUUGCCGAUGACGCUGGUUACAUAAACACUCCGUUAUAAAGGAAAUCUAUAUAUCGCGUAUAUAUGCCCGCCGACAUUUUUCUCGUGUACAUUUAUACCGCUUAAAGCCAGAUUGUUAGUUAUUAUGCGUAGUUUACCGAAAAUCACCAUACGUAUAUAGCUUGCUUCUGCCAAAUCAAAUAUACAGUAAUGUGGGGGAGAUAGGACACUUGUAAUUAUUCUAUUUUCCUUGUCCCAAUUGGUAGUAAACAAAGAACAAAACAAAGAAUUUAAAACCGCAUACUCUCGAUUUCGAAAUGGACCGUUGUUAAUUGUUUAAAACACGAUUUUUUUGGAUAUUAUUAAGGUGUUCCAUCUCUCCCCACAACACUGUAUAUAUACUUUAUAUUUUUUUGGUUGUUAGUCUAGUCAACCUAUUACCAUGCAAGAGUGAUUCUGCGAAUACAACAACAAAAUGUAACUA